AUGGCUCACGGGUAUGGACACCAAGGCCCGUCGGGCAUGCCAAAACAAUUUGUGCUUUGCUUCGAUGGCACUGGAAAUAAGUUUGCUGGUGAUGAGUCCGACAGCAAUGUGCUUAAGAUCUUUCGUAUGCUUGACCGCAGCAAAAGCCACCAGUACCAUUACUACCAACCGGGCAUUGGCACAUAUGUGACAUCAAAGUCGCUCACUAGCCAUGGCCGACUUCAGCGUAUCAAGUCUGCAUAUCAAAAGGCUAAGGACUCUGCGGUCGGCUCCUCCUUUGACGAGCAUGUCAUGGGCGGAUACAAGUUCCUAAUGCGAUACUAUUCCCCCGGCGAUGAAAUCUUCUUCAUUGGAUUCAGUCGUGGCUCAUAUAUUGCGCGAUUCCUUGCAGAGAUGCUGGACUAUAUAGGUCUUCUUGAAGCUGGAAACGAAGAAUUGGUCCGCUUCGCUUGGAAGACAUUCGCCAAGUGGCAGCAGCGAUCUGACGACACCGAAGAAGAGCGCGAAGAGAAGAAAAAACUGUUCACAUACAUGAAGGCUUUCCGUGAGACGUUCAGUCGUCCAAUUUCGCGCAUCCGUUUCAUGGGUCUCUUCGACACCGUCAACAGCGUGCCCCGCUUCGAGUCCGCAUGGAUGCAGCGCACCAAGUUCCCCUACACGGCUCGCAGUUCCGCCAAGGUAAUCCGUCACGCUGUGGGUAUCGACGAACGCCGCGCCAAGUUCCGUCAGGAUCUGAUCUCUGGCCCGCGCCCCCGGGAGAGGAAAAACCACAAGCACCGCCACCACCUGCCCAAGAAUCCACUAGAGCACCAUAUGGAUCGCCAUCGCGAUUUAAACCAUCAUCUGCACCUCUUUCACCAGGACAAUAAGGAACAGAAGACUCAAAAACCCGAAGAAGACCACCCGGAUAAUGUCCCUUCUAUCCGCUUUAACGACAAUUCCGAAGAAGAGAAGCAAGACAGCGAAAAGGCAGAGCCCGAGUUCCAGGUACCAGGAUGGGGACCUCACACCGGCGAAACAUACUACCACUCUGGACACCACGGCUCCCACCAAGCCUCGCAAGCAAACUCCCGCACACACUCACGCGCAGGAAGUGAAACCGGAACCGGAACAAUGCAACCGCAUGCAUAUCGCGCGCCCUCCCCCCGCCGCAGCCUAGCCGUUCCAAAGGCCUCAAUGGAUGACCUCCACUCAGUGCGAAGCAAAGAUUCAUGCCACAGCGCGCAAUCGAACGUCCUCUCCGUGCAAAUCCCAGACAUGGCCAAUGACGACGACAGCGAAGACGAAGACGACCAGGACAUCCACGAGAUCUGGUUCCCCGGCUGCCACGCAGACAUCGGCGGCGGAUGGAAGCUCGCAGACGGCGAGCUGUGGGCGCUCAGUCACGCGCCGCUCGUGUGGAUGACGCAGGAGGCGCAAAAGGCCGGACUCGAGCUCGACGAGCGCAAGAUGAAGCAGUUCCAGUGUCUGGAGGAGUUCAGCGGCGAUUACACGCCCAUCCAGGAGGAGAUCAAUGCGCGUCGUCCGAGCCGCUGUCUUGAGCCCCAUGCUGAUAAUCAGGAUGCUUUCCGCUCCGCGCCUAAUGAGAAGGAGCGCACCGCUGCUAGCCGUGAUUUCUGGCAUGCGCUACACAGUGCUAGUACCAAGGGGCUGAUACAUGACUGUUUGAUGUUCAAUCAGGGUAUACCUGCUAUGUCGGUCGUCACUUGGCGCAUUAUGGAGUGGUUGCCGUUCCGUCGGAUGGAUCUGCAGUCUGAUGGUUCAUGGAAGCCGAUUAGCUGGCCUUUGCCUCGUGGUGAGGUGCGAGAUGUUCCGGCCAAUGCGGAGAUCCAUGUUUCUGCUCUCCGUCGCAUGCAGGCGGAUCCCAAGUACCGUCCUGGCAAUGUGAUUGUUGGUGGUGGUGGUCGGGGCAUCCGUGUUGCGCCUGAGGAGUAUGGCAUGGGUGAGUGGGUGGUGUACAAGAAUGAAGGUGAUUUGGUGCGUGAGACUUAUGUCCGCAAGAAUCUCUCCAAGUGUAAGGAGGGCGAGGAGGAACAGAACCCCAAGAAGGUCAACUAA